AUGACCCUCGGAAGAUCUAAUGCCAACCGAUCCCUCCCGGUCAAUGCAACUACUACGAUAGUGAACGCCACUUCUGAAUCGGCUUCACCGUCUUCUAGCAAGAGAUCGCAGUCGGAUAUUUCACGCAGCGCCAAUGGCGAGUCAGCAGAGGAGGGCCCUAGCAGGACCGCAGAGGAACGACCAGAAAAGACAGACCAGCAGGAGCGUGGUUCAACACCUCCAGCUGAAGAUAUCAAGCCUCCCAGCAAGGGCGAGCAAACACAAGCAUCCCAGAGCACAUGGCUGGGUUGGUUAUCGAGAAGAGAUGCCGCAACGUCUGAGGCGGCCGGUGGUGAGGUACAGCAGCCCGCCCUUAAACCGGGAACGAUACCGGCGCCUACACCCCCUACUUCAACAGCCGGAAUGUCCGAUGCGCAGUCGGCAACGGACGAGCAGCCAAAGGAAGAAGGCUUGAAUGUUAAUAACAAGAGAAGCUGGUAUUACAUGUGGUCCGGCAACACAUCUGACAGGCCAACGAAGAUGGAUGGACCUUCCCCAAAUAAUGCGCCUUCACCUGUGAGUGAAAGUCCUGAGGCGACGAAAGGGCAGACGGAAAGUCUUGCCAUUCCCGCAGGCAUAUCAAAUUCCAAGUCAACCUCCCAAGCAUCGUCCCUGGAGACUGCGCCACCUCCACGACUUCGGGAGGAUGGCACGAAAUCUUCGGGCUGGGUAUUCUGGUCUCGAGACAAGAAGAGGCCUUCGUCAAUGCAGACGGAAAACGAGCCACAUGUGGGGGAAAUUGCUGUGUCUGACACUCCAUCACAGACGAGGCCGAGACGUGCUUCGAUCUCACUACAGGAAGAGUCGACCAAACCUGCCGUGGCUCAUAAAGUCGUCGGGUUGCAGCAGGCACUUGCAGACCAACGACAGGCACCCAAAUCAUUGAAAUUGCAGAGAAAGCCCUCAGCCUCGAUCGAUGACUCGGCCACAAAACUCGAAACUUCCACUGCUGCUGCCGCCUCACGGGAUCCGAUCGAGGUCGGGACGCCUCGUACAGCAUCUCCAGCGCCGUCGAAGAUGGAAUCUCCCAAUUUAUUGUUGCCCCCAAUAAAAGCGACACUAAAUUAUGAAGAAACUCCUUCGAUCCUGCAGCAACUUGCAAGACUCCUCUAUUAUACAAAGGAGCCUGAGCUCACACAUUUGUCCCUUACCCGCAAUCCUCCGCGGAUUAAAAAUGCCCUCGCUAUUGGCGUCCAUGGUUAUUUCCCUGCACCCCUUAUUAGAACCGUUCUGGGCCAACCUACUGGCACAUCUAUCAAAUUCGCUGACAUGGCUGCGAAAUGUAUCAAGAAGUGGACUCGAAACCAUGGCUAUGACUGCGAGGUCAAGAGCGCUGCUCUCGAAGGUGAGGGCCGGAUCGCUGAGAGGGUGGAACUGCUGUGGAAGUUGCUGCUCAAUUGGAUCGACGAAAUUCGCCGAUCUGACUUCGUCAUGAUAGCCUGCCACAGUCAAGGAGUUCCGGUCGCUAUUAUGCUGGUGGCGAAGCUACUGCAAUUUGGAUGUAUCAGUGCUGCGCGGGUGGGUAUCUGCGCGAUGGCGGGAGUCAAUAUGGGCCCCUUUCAAGAGUACAAGUCACGAUGGAUCAGCGGUUCGGCCGGUGAACUUUUCGAAUUUUCCGACCCCAACAGCAAGGUGUCAAAGGAAUACGCCUCCGCGCUCGACGUUGUGUUGAGAUCCGGACUGGUCAAGUUGACGUUUGUCGGCAGUAUCGACGACCAGCUCGUGUCCAUGGAAUCGUCCAUAUACGCACCAAUAUCCCAUCCCCAUAUCUAUAGAGCAGUUUUCAUCGACUCGAGAAUCCACACGCCCAAUUUCCUCGCACAUCUGGUCGGCUUCUCGUUGAAGUUGCGCAAUGUUGGCGUGCCGGAUCAUGGGCUAAUCAGAGAGUUGUCGUCGCCUUUAGCAGGGAGUUUAUAUGGCGGUGAGGGCCAUUCACGGAUUUACGAAGACGAUGCGGUUUAUGACAUCGCAAUUGCUUUUGCUUUGGAGACGAAUGCUUUCCCAGACGUGCCGGUGUCCAGAAGACCAAUCGGCAACAGCGGAACAAAUCCGUACAUCUUGCCGUUUGCGAUGCGAGGGAUCUUAGAGGAAGAUUACGUGAAGAAAGAAUUACAGGAAGAAGCGCAAGAGUUGUUGGCGCAAUUUGAUGACUGGAAGCCGAUGACCAAGGCGCUCAAAGAUGUCAAAUUCCGGUUGGAAGGGAUUAGAUCCAAAUUGUAG